AUGCCUUCUGCCGACGACGACCUCCUAGCACGACUGAAUGCACUGAAACCAUCGAGCGUACAACUCGAGCAAUCGGCGCCGUCCGUCGAUGUACAGACAUCAAGACCACAAUCCGUGGAAGACAAGCUUGCGGACCGUCUUAAGAGUCUACGCGCAGGUGGAAGUGCUUCUCUUCCUCCUGCUACGAGAGUAGAAGGCACGGCUGAAGAUCUGACUGCUAGGGUGAGAGAUGAAGUCACAGCUGAACGCGAUCCGAUUCGCGACUUUCAGCAGCAAGACGAGGACGACCAGACCUUGGACGACUUGCUCGCCGAUUUAGGAUCUGAUGGCCAAUGGAAGUUAGAUCCUGAAGACCCAAAGAACAUUCAGUCCCUACUGAAAGAGGCCACAGAUGCGUUGCCAAAGGAGAGCGAGAGCGAUGUAGCGAAUUACGACGCAGAAACCUCAGGCGACCUUGCGACAGCCAGUAAUGGAGAAUCCCUUGGCGAGGAAGCGCCAGACUCUUCAAAGACUGAAGACCAACGAGAUGAAGCAGAGGCCGACGAUUACGUGAAACGGGUACUAGCCGAGCUUGAAGUGGAAAAGAAGUAUGGCGUUGGAGAUGACGACGAGCCCGAAGAUGGUAGUACAGGCGAUCACGCCGAGUCUGCUCACGAUGGCCUUCAACUGCCUUCAGCACCAUCAAAGGUUCUGGACCCGCCAGCUUCAUUAGAUCCCGAACCACCUUCCUACGAAGAUAGUGAGCUCGAAGCACGAUUCUCGAAGCUUGGGCUGGGUGGUGGCCUGAAUCUUCCAUCAACUCCAACUGCAAAGCCGUCAUCAACGAAGCCCAAGGUGACGGCUCAGCUUAAGCCAAAGUCAAACCUCCCGGCCUACACGGAUGAAGACAUUGACUCAUGGUGCUGCAUUUGCAAUGAGGACGCCGACGUGAAAUGCAUUGGAUGCGAUGGUGAUCUUUACUGCCAAGGUUGCUGGGACGAAGGUCACGGCAGUGGCCCAGGCCAGGAGACGGGGCACAAGGCUGUGCAAUACAACAAGAGACCACCACGUGCGGCGGCUUGA